AUGACCCCGCAACAAAACAAAAAGCAGAAGAAGCCGAAACCGUCUGCAGCGGUGUUGGAGACAAGGCUCCAGACUGCAUAUACGAGCUUCACUGCACGAGCUCCAGUAACUCUGAAGCCUACCGAAGUACCCAUCGACAUCAAUCCCCUGGCAGAAUGGAUGACUCUGCUAAACACGCCGACUGAGUUUGGGCUCCCCUUGAGUUCGUGGAGGACCCAACAGACCCGGACCAAGUUUGACACCGCCAUGAACCUCACCAAUCGGGGUGUCGCUUACCUUGAGAACGUUAUGCCUGCACUAGUCAAAGCAAACAUGGCGAUGAAAGAAAGGCUCAGAUUACCUCCUAGCGAAUCCAUGAUUACCGACAGCUCUCCACCGCCUCUUGGUCAGUAUGCAGCAGAUGAUGGCCCGCCUCUGUGCACGUCGUCCCUCCGCUUUAAUGACUGCAGCGGCACAGCAGACGACUUCGCCUCUGUGCCUGACAGAACGACUAGCGAAACAGCAAUGACCGACGCUCCGCCUCUGUCUCCGGAGGAAGCUGUGUGCGAGCAGAAUGCGGGUGGUCCAGGCCCAUUUGGCGAGUACGAAGAUUAUACAACAAUGCAGCUGCUUACCGUAAACAGUGACCUAAUGACUCAACCGCACGAUGAGCAAUAUCUGCCGUCUCCCGAAGACUGGAUGUGCACACCGGACGAAGACCUGGCGUACGCCGUCAUGGACGAGCAAGCCAACGAUGACACACCCUUCCAGCGGAUUACUGAAGCGUCCGAGAGCGUCAUGCACGAGCAAGCCGACAACACAACCCCCCAGCAGAUUACCGAAGCUUCAGAGAGCGUCAUGCACGAGCAAGUCGACAACACAACCCCCCAGCAGAUUACUGAAGCUUCAGACAGCGUCAUGCACGAGCAAGCCGACAACACAACCCCCCAGCAGAUUACCGAAGCACCAGAGCAAGACCUAGCACCUCGACCCCCUCGCCCUCGGAUGGUAAUGCCAAACAAGCCAACCCUCAAGCCACGACAGCUGGGCGAGACUGAUCUACCAGUGGUUCUACGCAUCCCGCGGAGCGAUGCCAACAGCCGCCAUGGCGACGUUAACUACAACAGCAUCUCAGAAGAUACAACAAGUGCGAUCACCAACGCGAUGACUAAUGUACUGCUCGAUUCACAGGGCACGCGCAGGUUGCAAUGGGCGACAGUAAGCCGGAAUCCCGGUACCUGGUCGGCCCACCCAUGCGUUAGCAACGCUGUCGCGGCAAAGGGUGCCAGAAAUUCCACGUGGAAGCAGGCUGGGGAUGACCGCACACUGGCCUGCGAUACGUGCAUCAAGAAACACCGACCAUGCAUUAGGCUGGAACAGUUGCAGGGCGAAGAGGAUUACUCGGUGAUAUGGUGUGCGCUGCCAGAUGAGCUCCGAGAAGGCUCAAAGCCAGAUGACAUCGCCUUCUGGAUGCGUGUGAAAUGA